UUCUCCUCUCCUUCCCUCUCCACAGAGACCAAUUCGACAAAACCCUUUUUCAUAUCAUCAUCUUCUUCUCUCUCCCUCCCUUCCCUCAAGACCGUCCGCACAUCCAGACACAGCCGCACUGAUUGGCGUCCCCCGGCGACGUUGUAUCUCACGUAUCCAGACUCUUACAGGUCGAGACUCGAUUGGGAUCCAGAUCCGCAGGAGAUCCCAACAAUGAGUUCUCUACCAGAGGUGUCUUCUGAAUACCAACGAUAUGCCAGUAGGACCUGGUGAUUGCCUGGGUGGGAACCCGCGCACUACUGCGGUGUUUUUUAUGGUGGAUAUUGUUGUGUCAUGGAAGAUCGCUCGAGGAAUUUGAUUUGUGAUACACGUGAUUAGUCUGGGUGGUGGGAGGUUGUUCACUCACUUGGUUGGUAGCUGUAGUUUAGGAAAGCCAUUUGUUUUUUUUUUUUUUUUGUAAGGAACGAUUUGUCGUUGGUCGAAUGGAAUGUUGUAAAUGUUCUCUGCC